AUGACGAUCUGUACUUAUAACGCACGUACGCUUUCAUCGGAAGCGGGCAUCGAACAUCUGAUGAUGCAAGCCAAGAAGAUUAAUAGAGGUGUUGGUGGAGUUGGCGUCCUCGUCAACACGAGUAUGGCAAAGAACAUCGACUCUUUCGAACAACGUACGACCCCAAUCGGACAUCUGCGGAUGAGAAGAUGUGGUCCAACACUAGCUUUGACUAUUUUCGUCGCUUACGCUCCAACAUCAAGCUACGAAGAAGAAGAAGUCGAACCUUUCUACAUGGACCUGGAGAAGUUCUACUGA